UGUUCGCAAGAACACUCUGUUUCUGAUUAGGUUCUAAUUGAACUAGAUCCUUUUUCUCAAAGGUCUCGAAAACGUUUUCUCAUCCAAAUUGUGCUUGCUAAUUGCUCUAUAUGUUGUUAUCUGUUCUCUCUUUUUGAUGGAGACUAACCAUAGCAGAUUAUCUUCUCUACCUAUGUUUAGUAUUGAAAAAUACGACAUAUGGAAGUUUCGGCUUGAAAGCUUCCUCACCGCCCAACAUUGCCGAAUGUGGGAAGUCAUCACCAACGGACCAAUCACCAUCACCGAAACCGUCAAAAGGGUUCCUGUUGAUCCACAUCAGGAUCCUUACGAUGAGGUCCAGCCCAAGCAAAAGGCAGACUUCUCCACAGAAGAAAGGAAGCAAGAUGAGCUAGACAACCUCGCCAAAAGCAUCAUCUCCGGCACCGUUCCUGACAAGCAUGUCAUGAAGAUCAUCAAGUGCGGAACUGCAAAGGAGAUGUGGGACAUUCUUGAAAGAAUGUGCGUAGGUUCCGAGGAAAUCAAGGAGAAUAAGCUUUCCAUAGCUUGCCAGAAGUUCGACUCCUUCCUCAUGCUCAAGAAUGAAUCUGUCAAAGAGAUGGAACUCAGAUUCAAUCAAAUCCUGAAUAAAGUUCAAUCCAUCUCUAAAGACAAGUACACUCAACGAGAAAUCAACUUGAAGAUUCACUGAACUGUCAUUCCUAAAUGAACGACGAUAAUUAAGGAAUUUACUCCCACCCCACGAAUUUGACCAAGCACCACCAACACACGUCUGAAACCCUACGACGUUUAAUCUCCAACUUCAGAAUCGGCGGUCCUCUCCAACUACAACAACGACGCUUGGAUUUGGCCGACGGCACUUACUGAAUAUCGGGUAAGUUGUUCUUGCUAGGAUUUAAUGUUUGAUUUGUUCUAUUCAGUCCACAUCAAGAAUUGGGAACCAACCCAUGCCUAAAUCUCUCGCAAAUGUUCCACUGACUUCCAAAUCACUUUCUUUCUCAUGCUCAUCCUAAUUGCAGACAUUCUCCCUCAAGGAAGAGUCUGAUUCCAUGAGCAAGACAAGAUGACUGGUUUAGUGAAAGUUGUCGAGGUGGGAUGGGUGCUCGUUCGAGAAAGGGAAAUGCAAACAGAAUUUGUGGCUUCAGAAUGAGUUGAACAACUAUUCAUAGUGUUGAAGUAGAUAUUCGAUUACUUUUGCUCACUUAUUCAUAACUGAAUAAUAGUUAUUCAGAACUUAUUAUGUGAUAUUCAGUACUGAAUACUCCCUCCGUCCGCC